AUGCAGCUUUGCUCGCUCACCCAUCACACGAAGCAACCCUUGCUAUCUCCAGCGACGCGUCCGAUCUCUCAGCGGGAGCUGUACUCCAACAAUACAUCAAUCGGAAAUGGCAAGCAUUUGGCUAUUUUUCAAAGAAGUUCUCCGAUACUCAACGUAACUAACUGUAGUUACGUUGAGUAUCGGAGAACUUCUUUGAAAAAUAACUCUCGGUCGAAUGUACUGACAUUCGACCGAGAGUUACUCGCUACCUACAUGGCUAUCAAGCACUUAAAAAAAAACGUUCGAGGGUUUAAACCUGAUCGUUUUUACCGACCACAAGCCAUUAACAUAUGUACUUCAGAAGAAACCAUCACCAUCGGAAACACCAAGACGAGCAAUACAACUCAUUUUCAUAAGCGAAUUCACGACCGACAUACGUCACAUCAAUGGGAAGAACAACAUAGUCGCCGACGCACUCAGUCGCAUACCAAUCGACAGUGUAACGUGCCUACAUCAAUCGACUAUCACAAGAUCGCCGAAGCACAAGACAGAGAUAGCGACAACAUCAAACAUCUAUCGAAGCAAAGUAACUUGUCCGUCAAGCAAGUUACAAUGUCAAUGACGCAUCUACCUUUCUAUUGUGAAGCAUCAACAUCAACCAUGCGACCAUACCUACCAGAAGAAUGUCGUCGCGAAGUCUUCAAUGCACUGCACAACAUCAGUCAUCCAGGUGUUAGAGCAACAAGAAAACUCAUCACUGGAAAAUUCUUUUGGCCUUCAAUACAAGUGGAUGUUGGCAUCUGGGCGAAACAAUGCAUUCAAUGUCAAAAAUGCAAAGUACAAAGGCAUACAUCAAGCAGCCUAGAUUUAUUUCCACCUACGGAGAGAUUUGAACACCUGCACGUUGACAUCGUUGGACCAUUACCUACUUCACCGUAA